AUGACUGGCCGAACACCCCCUGCUGUCUUCAACUCCUCUCCUGCGCCAAUCGACCAAGACUGGGUCGACUCUGAACUCAUUCCUUUCCUCCAGCGAGUCUACCCAGAAGAGCGUAGGACUACAAUGGAGUGGAACCGCCAGGUCGUCUUCGGAAGGUCGAACCUGCAUCUUCUCGAGCACUACGAAGACUUCCCGUUCACAAUCGAACGUCUCCGCCUAUGCCUACUCAACUCGGAACUUUUGACAGCGGCGGAAAUGUCGAAGUUCAUUCCCGUCACCGAUCAAGGCAGCCAGUACUGUCUGCGUAUCUUUGUCCGCCACGCCAUCGUUCACGGAUCAUACAUGCUCUUCUCCUUGGGAGACAACCCGAGUCCGGAGUUCCCUCGAGCAGGACAUACUAGUACUAGGCCGUCCACCGCAUCUCCAGCUGAAGCUGCCCCAGCGCGCGCUACUUCUGUUGCAGUGCUUGAAGCAAGGAAUGCGACACUGGAGAGGGAACUGGCUAACCUCAACAUGAGGGUCGAUCAGGCUGAGCGUGGUCGUGGAAAUGGUCGCGGAAACGGUCGUGGAAGGGGUCGGCCUUCGCAGCCUCGUGGCGACUUCGUUGGACGUUCGGACCGCGGUGGUCGUUUUAACCAAGGACCAAAUGUUUCUCCCAACAUGCAACAGGCGUCAUCUCAGUUCCCUUCAAUUCCACCUUCGGGAAUGUAUGGCUACCCAACUUAUCAGUAUGGGUAUGGUAAUCCUUACAUGGCUCAGCCGGCUAUGGGUGGCUAUCCUGGAAACCUUUACCAACAGCAGCCAUUCACCAACCCUGGACAGCAGUAUGGCGGCGGCUGGACUGGCAGUCAAAUGAUGUUUACCGCCCACCAAGACUACUCUUCACAGACGGGAGCAAGCAGCGGUUUCGCGAUGCCGCCGCCGCAGCAAGUCAGCAAUGCGGGUUAUCAAGGCCAAUCUACUCAACGUGGUCGCGGAUCUUCAGGAAAUCAACAAGGCCAAGGUCCAGCAUCGGCUCAAGGUCGUCCAACACGUCCUCAGCAACCAUCAUCAGGCUCAGGUGCGAGCACUCACGUGCCUCGCCCUGACGCGGAAGAGUUCUAUCCAGGUUCGGAUACCCACCAGAUCAAUUCUACAACGCCGAUGUCACUGACCACCAGCAGGAUCCAGAAAUGGCUACAACUGAUUCGGGACGGCUGA